AUGGCUCCCCCCUGCGUGCCAGGAGGGUCCGCUUUGACGUGGACCAAGCGGGUGCAGUGCCGGGCAUCGCGUUACCCGGUAACAGAGCAGUCAGCGCCGCCGCCGCCGCCGCCGCCGCCGCCGCCGCUGCCUUUGCGAACAUGCCGUCCUGAGCCUCCUCUUCUUCCGCCAGCCACUCGGGGCGCCGACCUACGAAAGCUCGCCUACUGCGCCGCCGUGGGGGCGUCCGUCUGGCUGCUGCCGCCGCCGCACGGCGUCGCGCCCGCCGCGUGGCGCCUGUUUGCGGUCUUCCUCUCAACGAUCACCGGCAUCAUCCUCACGCCGCUGCCCCUGGGCGCAGUGUGCUUGCUUGGGCUAUGCUCUGCCAUGCUGACCGGUGCAAUACCCCCCUCUGCCGCGUUUUCGGCCUUUGCUUCCGACUUGCCCUGGCUGGUGGCCGCCGCGUUUUGGCUGUCGGGAGGCUUCAUGCGCUCGGGGCUGGGCGCCCGGAUCGCAUACACCAUAGUCUCGCUGUUCGGCAGUACCACACUGGGCCUGACCUACUCUCUGGUGGGGGCAGAGGCGCUGCUGGCGCCCGCCAUCCCCUCGGUCGCCGCCCGCGCCGGCGGCCUGAUGCUGCCCAUCACCAAAGCCCUCUGCGUCGCGUGCGGCUCCGACUCCGCCGCCGGCACCGAGCGCAGGAUGGGCUCCUUCACCCUCAUGGCCUGCUUCCUGUGCACCACAGUAACCUCUGGGAUGUUCAUCACUGCCUGCACAGCCAACCCGCUGGCCAUCAGCCUGGCAGCACAGGCGCUGGACGGCGCCGCCAUCUCCUGGGGGAGGUGGGCGCUUGCGGGUGCGGUGCCAGGGGCGGUCUGCCUGCUGUCCAUCCCUGCCCUGCUCUACCUGCUGGAUCCUCCAGAGCUCAGAGACACACCAGACGCCCCCGCCAAGGCAGGGCCCAGGCGGCAGCUGCACUCACGUACCUAUCCCACCCGACGCCGCCCGCAGGCUCGAGAGGAGCUGGCCAAGCUGGGGCCCUUCAGCGGCGACGAGCAGCUGACGGCGGCGGCGCUGGGCGUCACGCUGGCGCUGUGGGUCCUGGGCGGGCCGCUGGGCGUGAGCGCCGUGGCGGCCACCCUCACCGGCCUAGCCAUCCUGCUUGUUUCAGGCGUGGUGACCUGGAAGCAGUGCCUGGCCGACCAUCAGGCCUUGGAUACCGUCAUCUGGUUUGGCGUGCUCAUGACCAUGUCCUCCCAGCUCAAUACCCUGGGGCUCAUCCCCUGGCUACAGCCGGUGCGACUGCGUGAUGCUGCGCCCCAACCCGCUGCCCAGGUGGUGAAGCACGUGGGCGGCCUGGGGCUGGGCUGGCGCUCCAGUUUCGUCAUCAUCCUGGCCGCCUACUUCUACUCCCACCACGUGUUUGCCUCCAGCUCGGCCCACGUGGGAGCCAUGUACCAAGCGUUCCUGGCGGCGGCAGUCGCCUGCGGCACCCCGGGGCUGGUGGCGGCGCUAGCGCUGGGCCAGCUGUCAAGCCCCAUGGGCUGCCUGACCACCAACGGCACCGGCUCGGCACCUGCCUACUACGCUGCCGGCUACGUGACGCACGCACAAUGGUAUAGGCACGGCGCGGCCUGCGCCGCCUUCUGCCUCGCGGUCUGGCUGCUGGCGGGCGCGACGUGGUGGCGAGUGUGCGGCAUCUGGUGA